AUGACUACCUUCGUGUUCAAACUUACAGUGCUUGGACCUCUACUAUCUGUGGAAGUUGCUACAAAUGAUACAGUGUCCGUACAAAGUGUGCCGUCGUCAUCGGGCGUUAUUACAAAGGCAGGGAAUGGUGUCAUUGAUGAAGAUCGAAUGUUUAAUCCAUUGCUAGCCAACGCUAUGGAUACAAACAAGGUGAAUACCGACUUGGAAUUAGCUCGAAUGGUGCUAAACUCACAUGGAGUGGGUGAUUUGUCACGUUUGAUUGGUGCUCAAAAGCUAGUAACGAAUGGUGAAGAAAUGACCGAGAAGAUGAAUGUAGCUCGACGGAAUGCAAAUAGAAUCGAAAUUGGUUUGUAUAAAUAUUGGAAACUCAAUGACGAAAACUUAGACAAAUUGGUGGCUCGAUUUAUUGAGAAGCAUGACUUACCGCUUGACAAUGUGGAGAAAGCGGCCAAGUUUCUGUUUCAAGAGAAUGUGUAUCAGGUUUUGAUAACCUUUGCAUCGCAAAGUAAAGUGGUAAAUCCGGAAAAAACUCUGGCUCGCGCUUUGUAUGAUCGGUGUGGUCUUUUGAAGGUCGCUGAAAUGAUUCUGAUAGCAAAGACUCAAAACUCAGCAAUCAAAACUAUGGAAACCUUGUUUGAACAGUUGGUUGAUGACGAAAUUCAGGUAUUAAAAGCUGUGCAACUGCUUGAACUCGACAAGAUUGUGGAUUUUGAGCAAACAAUGUUUAAUCUACCUCAAAUGUUCUUCUUGAAAAACUACGUACGGUAUAUUGCGUCGAAAACAUCCCAAGACAGUGGCAAACUUCUCAUUGAUACCUUGGCUCAUUUCUACGGAAGAAUAAAUACUGCUCGAAUCGUUCAGAAAGCGAUCAAAAGGGCUAAGGUAGACUCGAUCUUGGCUCGUGUUUUCAGGAAAUCGAAUAUUCUUACCAAUUACGAACCGGUAGUGAUCUGA